AUGUCGUCGGUCCACCUUGUGAAAGUGAAGACAGCUGAAGAAGAGGAAGAGACAGAAAAUACUCAAGAAGGACCAGUCCAUAAUUGGUGGGAUGAAGAUGUACUUGAAGAAGAGCUUGGUGAAAAAGACGAUGAAGAGCCUGAGACAGAAGAAAUGAUACAAACUAGACUAAUGGCUUCAUUAAUUCAAGCACACGAGAGAUCUAGACAAGUAAUUCGUCAAAUAACACAUAACAAACAAAAGAGAGAGUUAUGGGAAAAGGACUUAACAGGAACACUGAACCCACCAGCCCGCUUGGAAAUACGUGAACGAGCUGCUAAAAUAAUACAAACAGUUUGCAGAGCUUAUUUCGAAAUUAAAAGAAAAAAGAAACUUGAAUGCAAACAAGAUGAAUUAUUGGACAUAAGACUAUGUGGAAAAGCAAACGAUGCUCAUAUGAACAAAACUGCAGAGCUUAAGCAAUUGACUUCAGAAAAGCGGAAAAAUUUUGAGAAACAAUGGCAAGAAUCACGUGAGAAACUCAAACAAGAUUUCAUAAAUCGUAGAGGAGAUGAUCUUGCGGAAGAUUAUCGUGAUUUGGUUCGAGAAUGGCUAAGAAAAUGGUUUGAUGAUAUUCAGUAUUUCUACGAUAUACCCAAUGACGACGAGGGUGGAUCGAUAUUAAUUAUGAAAGAAGAAACACCGGAGCCCACUGAAUGGUGGGAAACGUACAAAACCUAUUUAGAAGAGAAAAAAGCUAACAAAAACAAAUCUUCUUAUCAGCUAAAACAAGCAAAAUUACAAGAAAAGCAAGAAGAGAUGAUGAGAAAAAGAGAAGAACUAAUUAAAAAAAAGAUUGAAGCAGAACUGAUGGCAAAGAUUAUGAAAAAUCCGACUAUGCAUCCAGGAUUCACCUAUCCCGAAUCCAAGAAAACUGAACACAUAUUAGAGGUGAUUGAACAGUAUCGCAACAAUUGGGAUGAAUUAGAUAAAUCAGAAGCGUUAGAAGUUAAAAAGUUGUUUGUGAUCGAUGUUGAUAAAAAUAACGUAUACGCAGACGUAAAACUGGGUAUUAUGCGGACUGUUGAUGAAGAUAUGAGACAGGAGUUGAAGGUGUUGAAGAAAGCGCUGAAAAAAGACUAUGAAAACAAUGGCGAAAAAUUCCCAGAGCCGAUGAAGAAAGCCAAAAAGCGACAGAAAAAGAAAAAUAAAGUUAAAGCGAAAAUGAGCGAGAGCAUCGCUGAAAAAAUGGAAGACUUGGCUUUCAAAGGAAUUCUGAAAGAAUAUCCUCCUACACAACUUGGUGAUUUUCUAGGAGAUCACAACUAUGUUGGGGAUGAUCAGCGAUUUAACUUGAAACGAGCCCUUCAAUUUUGCGGCGAAGCAAGAAGCAUUUGGUGGGAGAGGUGCCGAGAAGUCACACACGGCUACCACAAAGUACUUCUUGUAGGACCCAGGCAUAGCGGAAAGACUUUGCUAGUGCAUAUUUUAGCUACAAUAACAGUGUUUCUAAUAUACAAACGGGUUGUACCAACUGAGGGCACAGUCCAGAUGUCCAAAUUCGAGCCUUGA